AACCUGUUACUGAAGGAAAGGUUAAAGAAAAAAUUAUAUAGAAAGAGACUGAGGACUCUGAAAGGGAGAUUCAGAAAGACAGGAGUGAGAGAAAGACACCUUAAAGAUGUCUGACUGAGGAAAAUGGACUCAGUUAAAUCCAGUAAUCCACCAAAAGGACUGAGCAAUGUCAUGGCCCCAGAGGAAACUGCCCUCGGUGAUAAAAGUGUCAAACAGCGGGUGGAAAUGAAAGAGGCAGACACAGACACUCCUGAUGGUUUUGUUGCAGUAGCAUCAGUCGGUCAGCGGAGGGCACGAGAGAAACACAAAUACAACACCGUAGGCUACCAGAAAAAGAAGCAGAGGACAGCUGUGGACUUUUCUACAGUGAGCAAGGGGACAUCUGCCGGGGUCAAAAGCAGAGGUGCAUUAAAGCAGGCACUUUUUAACCAGGGAGUGUCUGACAAAAAUGGCAUAUUUGAGGAGCGAUCGGGUGGUGUACAGGGGCAGAUGGACGCACUGAAACAGGUUCUGGACUCUUUCGACAUACCUGCGGACCUGAGGUGGACAUGGGGUGAGGGAGGUACUGAAAGAACACUGGAAAAGAGCUGGACAGACAUAGUGCACUCUCAUGAGUCUAUGUCAAAAACCCAGCGACACCAGCAGGAGGCGCUGUGGGAGCUUCUUAAUACUGAGCUUACCUACAUCAACAAACUUACUAUUGCCAAAGAACUCGUGAUGGCAGCGCUGUCACACUGUCACAGACGUGGAUUUCUUCAGGAAGUCAGUCCCACAAUGCUCUUUUCUAAUCUUCCUUCUAUCCUUGAUGCACACCGACUUUUUUGGCAUCAAGUGAUGUAUCCAAUGUUGCAAGAGGUCCGUCUCACUGGAAGCCCUUUUGACCCUCUCAGACUUGAGGCAGGAUUUCUGCAGUUUCCUGACCAUUUUCCUGCAUACUUUGAAUACUGUUUGGAAGAGGAGAGAAAUGUGGAGUUUACACGGAGACAGUUUAACACUAACCCACAAUUUCACACUUAUCUUACGUGGGUGGAGAAUCAUCCAAAGUGUGGGCGGAUGAGAUUGGGUGAUAUGCAGGCCAAGCCACACCAGAGAAUCACCAAGUACCCUCUUUUGCUGAAAGCUGUUCAGAAGAACACAGAAGACCUCCCCACCAAAAACGCCCUUGAAAGAAUGUUGAACGGUGUCAAUAAUUUUCUGGAAUCUAUCAAUAACUAUAUGCAACUGAGAGAUGAUACUCUGGCCCUUUCUGUCGCUGCUCAAAGAAUCGAGGGAUACAAGAUAGAAGGUCUGAGUGAAGAAAUAGACAAGUAUGUUCGUGAGUUCUGCUGCUUUGAUUUGAUGAGCCCGGUGAGGGGGGUGGGACCAAAUGUCAUACGGAAGCAGUUAAUGGAAGAAUCUUUGAAGGUCAAAGUAAGAAAGGACACCAAGGAGCUUGUGGUCCUCCUCUUCACUGAUGUAUUGCUGAUGACCAAAAUGCAGAAGAAAUCAGACAAGCUGAAGGUAGUGCGCCCCCCUCUGUCUCUGGAGAGAAUAUACUGCAUUGAGCUUAAAGAUGGAUAUUCGUUUGUGCUGGUGGAGGUUGGUGAUCUAGGUUGUGCUGUCAGUGUGAACUUCCUGUCCACACCCAGUCCAGACAGCUGCGCAUCAUGGGUGUCUGCUCUGCGUGAGACUCAGGCGACCUUAGAGACUUUGAGGGAAAAUGAGAAAAACAAAACACUGAAGACAACAAGUACGACAGAGUUUGGUGAAUCAGAAAGACCUUCCAUUCAGGACGAACUGUCUGAAAAAGUCACAGAGGAAAUACAAACAGUAUCUGAUAGAUCUGAUAGUGAUAUUGAGUCAGCUGAGUUGGUGGGGCUAUUUCCUUUCCCUAGGUGCAAGUCUGACACAGAACUGUUGAUGGAUGUAGAGCAAAGUAAAGUUCAGCAGCUGGCAGAGGAAAGGAACUCUCCACUGAUUGGUCAACGGAACGAUCAGAGCCAAUUAGCUCAUGAAGAAGUCGCGGGAAAGACUGAUUCAGCUGGAUUCAAAACUGAAGAAGGGAGACACAGGAAUUAUAGUCAGCAGUUGGAAGAGAAAGAAGCCCCAUUUAAAAAAAUAUCAGAAAGGCGAGUUACAUGGAAACGUGGACGACGAUCAUCUGCCAAUGACAUUUCACAACAGGACUUACCAUUAAGAAACCAGUCAGAUGGAUCAUACUCAUUGUUUCCUGGUGGCACUUCUAGCCAGUUCCUUCCAAACAAACCUCUAAUAACUGCAUCAACAUAUGGGACACCUGCAGAAACAGGGGAACCAAUGCAUCAGGAUUCAGAUGAUGACUCUCAAGAAAUCAGGAGGAACUCUUUGUACAGUCAGUCAGGAGAUGACGAAGAGUUCCUCACAGAAUCAAGGAGGUUCUCCAGGAAACUGAAUUCUCCUCGCAUUCGGAGGAGACGUGCAAAUAAUUUGCAACCAUCUGUUCCCUCUCAUAGUUCCAGGACAGAUGUGAACGGAUUGGAACUUAACUCAAAUGGAAACCAGAGAAGAGAAUCCAACCCUUGCGUUAAACCCCAGGAUUCCCCCCGAGUGCUAAAGCUGGGAUCUCUAAAACACAACCAUGGAGUGUUAUGGAAUGUUCCUGAAAAAAGAUGGUCACCAGACCCUGAGAUGCACUUUGAAUCUGAGCAGACACAUGAUGGAAGCGUUCAAAUGAAACCACUUAAACUAAAGGCACAGAGGAGCGCCUCCAUCUCAGAGAUCAGCUCCUCUCAGAGUCCCCUGCUGCCUUCUCACAGGCGCAGACCCUCGCCCCCUCCAGGCCUAGACCCCCAGCUUCACCCUUCUCCGCUCCGGGACGUGCUGCAGAGGGCGAAGGAUCGAGAAAAAGAACGUGGACUGGGAAAAAGAGAGGGAAAGAUCAAAGAGUGGGCUUUUUCUCACCAAAAUUCUCCUACUAUCUCUGCCUCUCCAUCACCGUCGGUCAGUAAAGGAGAGAGAGAGGCAGAAAGCAAGGAUGCUGCAGUACCCAGUAUGAUAUCUGCACAUGGAUGGAGAGAGGGGAAUGUGGAUGUAAGCGAGGAUGAGAUGAAAGAGAGCGAUAAUGUCUUAGAGGGCAUCAGCGUGGACUGGCCAGGCUGGUGUUUUGAUGAUGAGGAGGUUUUUGACUUUGAGAACUUUGAGGAUGAAGACCAGCUGACCACAAAUGAGCCCCAGAGGUCAGAGACGAACCCAUCAGAGAGGCGAGAUGAAAUAGAAUGUAGUGAGGUGUAGUCUAUUAAAUGUGUAGAGUUGUGUGAAAAGUGUUUGGAGAAAUGUAAUAUAUAAAGUUCUGUGGCAUUGUUUAAUUAUUAUGUAGCAUGACUAUUAUAGUCAAAUAUAUUUGAGAGAUACAUGCAGCUUUUUUUAUAAAAGAUUAAUUAAAAUUGUGUCUAUUGUUAUUAAUAUGUUCACUUAAAUGUAUUUGUGUACAGAAUGUUUUCU